GGCGGGGUCCGGGCGUGGCCCGGGGGCCGAGGUUGCGCAGUGUCCGGGGCACGGAGCGGCGGCGGGUUGGCAGGCGGAACCGGCGGCCGUCACCCUUGUUUCCCCGUCGCCCGGGCCGGCUCAGGGACGGACCGGUUCCUCCGCAGGCGGGGGGCGGCGCUGGCGGCGGCGCUCGGUGUCGAUGGCGGGUGUGAUGGCGGUGCUGGCGCUGGCGCGGCCCUUCCGCCCCGGGCCCUCCUGCCUGGGGAGGCUGCUCCGGCGGGAGGCGGGAGGCGCGACGUGCGGUCCGUGGGGCCGGGGACGGCCCGGUGCCCGCCGCGGGGCCGGCGGGAGCGAGGUGCUUAGAAAAAGCCUUCAAAGGGGGCUUGUGCUCUCAACAGGGUCCUUUUUCGUUUAUGAAGUUCACAAGCUGAUUUCUGGCUUUGCUGAGGUUCAUGCAAGUUUCAAAGUGGAAGAAGUUCUAGAGCAAGCAGACUACCUGUAUGGGAGUGGAGAAACUGAAAAGCUGUAUUGGUUGCUGGUUCAGCAUAAAACUAGUGACGAUGCAGAGUUGUUAUGGCGGCUGGCACGGGCAUCACGAGAUCUGGCUCAGCUUAGUAGUACCUCUGCAGAGGACAAAAGAAAACUGACAUAUGAAGCCUUUGAGUGUGCAAAAAAGGCACUUGAAAAAAAUGAAUCAAAUUCGGCAGCGCACAAGUGGUAUGGAAUUUGCCUCAGUGAUGUUGGAGAUUUUGAGGGAAUAAAGACUAAAAUUGGAAAUGCCAUUAUUAUCAAAGAGCACUUUCAGAGAGCCAUUGAACUGAAUCCAAAAGAUGCUACAACAAUUCAUCUUAUAGGCAUUUGGUGUUACUCCUUUGCUGAAAUGCCAUGGUACCAAAGAAAAAUAGCUGCAACGCUAUUUGCCACACCACCAACCUCCACAUUUCAAGAGGCUCUUCGUUACUUCCACAUGGCAGAAGAAGCUGACCCAAAUUUCUACAGCAAAAAUUUGCUCUUUUUGGGGAAGACAUACUUGAAGUUAAACAAUAAAAAGAUGGCUCUUCUGUGGUUAAGCAAAGCAAAGGAGUAUCCUGCACAUACAGAAGAGGACAAGCAGCAUUUGACAGAGUCAGCGGUCUUAAAGAUGCACAGUCCUCAGAAGUUCAGAGGAAGCAUGGAUGAGCAGAUAAGCACAGUGCUCUUGUACAAUCAGUAAUACGGGACAGAAAUGGAAGUUCUCGAUGCUUUACAUCUUUCUUCAUCAGAGAUAACAUGUACAUGUAAGAAUGGAUCUACUUCAGAAAAAUUCCGAGACGUGGACAUGCAAGAUUAUAUAUUCAAGCCCAGAAACAUCCUUUCAGUAUUUCUGAAAUUUAACAAAAAUGUACAGAAAAAGUGGCUCAACUUCAGUUACAUUUCAACUAGAUAGAAAAACCUUAUGAAUCAUGUUCUCAAAACUCUCCCAUUCUUACCAGUGCUGAUGGUGGGCUGAGGUGAAAGUGGAUUUGGUACUGGUGUAUUUUUGGGUCUGGCUGCAGCGUGAGUAGGAGAUGGUGUGCUGUCUCCAUUAACAGCUUCUAUACAGAACGCAUUCUGUGCUACAGAGUUGGAAGGUACUUGAUUGUCUAUCCCAUUAGAAAUGUCACAAGCAGAUCUUGGUAAAAAAAAAAAGAUCAUUUCAGGUUAUUACAAAGACAUGGAAGUCAGUUCCCAACAGUUUAUAGUAAAGUGUUUGCAGCAAGUACAAGACAAUUAAGGAACAAAAGGCAAAUUUUGUUUUUAACAAUACAAAGAUACAUGGAAAUAAACUUAGCGUAAGGGCUUGUGAAUGGAACGUCUUGAUCAAUUAUACUGUUUUUAUUUAAAUCCAUCCCAAAAUGCCAGAGACACAUAUUGUGAAAACUACAUUCAAUGUCAACUCCUCAUCUUCUCAAAGAGUAGAGGCUAGAAAUUAGAGUUAAACAGAUGACCAAAAAAAGUGAGAAUUGUUAGAAGAGACUAAGAAAGGAAGAAGCAGCAUUCCCAUGCUACCUUACCCAGCUCCAAAGGAGUAAUAUAAACAGAGAAAUAAAAGUAUUAUCCAUUUCCAACUCUAGACUACAAACCUGAUUUGCUUACUGAAGACAUACACAGAAGCUACCUUAAAACUUUUCUUCAUUCUCUUAAUGUUAAAAAUGUAAAACAAAACUGCUGGAUAGCUGUGUGGAAAACUGCUGCAAUCAGAAUAUCAACAUCAAGAGCAGGAUCCCAGUAAAAGCCACACCUCCAGCAACAAUAUCUGAAUGAAAACGAAUUAUUAUUACUACUGUUUCCAAAUGGUAUACAGAUGUGUUUCAAAUCACUUUUAACUGUCCCAAAUCUUUAUAAAGACAAUUAAGGAUAAAAAACUUAUUAUAAAGAUAAUUAAAUAAACUGCUUUAUCCUCACUCCCUCAUAUGGCACCAAUGGGGAAACAGAGACAAACAUCCAUAUAUUCAAAAAAAGAAUCACAUCAAGCAUGCAAGGCAAAUAUGUCUCUGUCACUCAAGCGCAUAGCAACUAUGUUUUUUCACUCCAUUGUGUCAGAAACUUAAAUAGAAAUGGGUUCGCUGUAAGGUAACUGAGCAGGCCAAUAACAUCAAAUUCAUCUGUAUGUUUAUCUAUUUGACUCACUAGCAGUGAGGCAGCAAACUAAUCCUACUUCUCUCCAGGCAGUCCCUGUGCUAGUAUAAAGAUGGAGAAGCCAAGAAUGAAACUUUAAAUCAAUCCCAAAGCCUUUCUCUUGCCACUUUACUUGGAAGAAGGCAACUCCUUUGCCUUAGCAUUCUGAAUACUGCUUCCUAAACUCAGUACAAGUCUCUUAAACAACUUCCUGAUUAUGACCUUUAAAAGGAACUGGGUGAAGAGGGAAGUAAUUUAGGCUUUUUUUUCUUCUUCCUUCCGUUCAAAUGGUAUGUUGCAACCAACUGGGAGACGUGAAUAAAAAUGGUUCUUACAGAGCAGAAGAAAACUGAAUGCUCCCCUAAUCUCUGCUACAGCAUUUAGUAGACUCCCAGUAAGUUGAAUUUUUAAGUUCAGAGGGCUACACACCCAAGAGGCAAUGAUAAAGCAGUGGAGAGCACACUCCACCAGCAGAAGAACAGAACUGUAAAUUUACUAUUCUCAAGCUAAAUCAUGUAAUUGUCGGACAAGCAAUGUUUCUAAAAUCUAUGGUAACAAUUUAGGGCUUGACUGUUAGAAUCUAUUCCCUUCAAAAUAAUUAUAAAGCAAAACCAAACCACAAACAACGCAAACAUUUCAGCUGAUAAAUUUGCCAGUACACUUCAUAUAGUGUAAAACACGAAACUAAAUUCCAACCUGGAUGUACUUCUUGCUGAAGCAUCUCUGCUUUCAUGCACAGCCUCGCCAUUUUGCUGAACUUCUACUGAACAGUAAGAAACAAAUUCAACAGAAAUAUUUUAUUAUUAUCUAUUUGAAUUUUUUAAUUAAAAAUGUACCAUUUUAUGUAAUUAUUUUAACUUACUGGUUGCUGAAGAACUGAGAUUUGUAAGAGAUUCCUGUUCAACUACCAAACCAUCUAGCACAACUGUCAGUUCACCUGUUUGCACCAUGCCACUCUUGUUUUCCAAAGAAAGUUUCAACUGUUCUUUCACCUUCUCCACUAAAAAUGGAGUUGGGGUGGGGAGAGGGAGAGAAGGAGAGAAGAGAUAAAGCAAAGAUUAAAUUCUAAACAAUAUUAAAAGAAUUUCAGCACAAAAAUGUGACACGCAUUUAACUGUACAAAACUGAACACAAGAGAUAUUGAGAAGAUUCAAAUGAACACAGAAAUCACUAAGGAGCUGUGUAAAUUUACAUCUGCUUUGGGUAAAAGAUCAGUUUAUUGUAAAAACAAAGUGGCCGUUUAUAUAGUAUAUUCUAUAAUUAUGCUAUAGGAUUCACAUGGUUUCAGCACUUUGUUAACGAUUUCCCAAUUUUGCUGUUUCCUCGUAGGUGUUUUGAGAUUAUGCACUACUUAUAUAACAUGAAAAGUCUUGAAGUCAAACAACUUCUGAAUACACAUCCAACUAUUAAAAGUCACUGGGAACCUCAUUCUACAACCAUGAGCUUAUGUUCAUUUCUCAUAUCACCUUCCAGAACUAAUUCUAAGAGACUACUGAAAAGAGGAAGAAGUAGAUACAAAGACUGCACAAAGUUCUCCCUCAUUUAAAAUUAUUUUUUGUAAAUUCUUACUAGUAUUUUCAUAGAUCUCAACUGCAAGGAUUAAACAGUAACAGAGGAUAACCAAAAAUUGAUCAAGUAACCAAAAAUUAUAUCAGAAAUUAUUUUAAUCAAAAGAAAUUUUGAGAUAAUUGAGAUAUACAAAAUCAAGUGUACAUGGUGUCAUAAUUCAAUAUGACUGAUAAGCAACGCAUAUAAUUGUACACAUAUCUAAAACAAUGCAUAUAAUUGUACACAUAUCUAAUCCAGAGGUAAAAACAUGCUGGCGAUUAAAAGAUUAAUUUUUCAAGAUAUACCACCAUAUUUCCCUCCACAAGAUAGCAUUCAAAACUAGUUAAAGCUCACUGUGCACUUCUAUGCUCCAAAGUGGCACUCCCUUGUUUUUUUCGUUCUUAAUAUGUAUCAGAAACAAACAAUAAGCAUGAAAGCAGAGAAAGUUGCCAUAAACUACUGUCAGAUACCCCCAUACUGUUACUCUAAUGAGCAGGUUGAACAUUGUAGCGGGGCAGCAGUUACUAGCAGACACCCACUGCUAUAUUACAACAGACUUCAAAGUACUUUAAAUUUCAAGCACAAAGCUUUGAAAUCUACAGAAUUGAUUUAGCAAUCUGCAUUUUGGAAAAUGGUACUACUUGAAAUGAGAGAAGCAGAAACUAGCCUACUACUGAGUUGUUAAAUUUAUAUAUUUAUAAAUGAUAAUUUUUGCAUGAUUGGCUUAGCUUUUGAUAUUUUAAUAAAUUAUCUACCCAAAACAGAUCAA